UCUCCCCGCUGCUCGCUCCGCUUGUUUCCCGGCGCGUCAAAAUACGCGGCCGAAAAGUCGACCGAUAUAAUUCAGGCUCAGUUCGCGUCUUCCAAUCCUUUCCCGAGCAGUUUAAGACCAGCGAGAACGAUGAGCAAGAAGAAAAAUAUGGCAAUUGACUUCCAAGACAAUAUGAUACUGCUGACACGAAAGUACUUGAAGCGUAAGAUAAUGUGUCCCGAAACCAAGUUCAGGCAUCACGUUAACGAGCGGCUGAACGUGCUGGAUUUGGUGAAGCGUACCGUUGAAAUAGGCGAGAGCAAUUCGGUCUUGUUGGUUGGACCCAGAGGCAGUGGCAAAACAACGCUUGUUAACAGCGUCUUAAAGGAAUUGUCUGCCUUGAAAAGUUUUAAGGACAACGCGCUGAUAGUGAAUCUCCAUGGACUGGUGCACACCGACGACCGUUUGGCGCUCAAGGAUCUAACUCGUCAGAUGCAGCUGGAGAACGCCGUUGGUGACAAGGUUUUUGGCACGUUCGCGGAAAAUCUAAGCUUCCUCUUGGAUUGCCUGAAAUCUGGCGAUAAAAACCGCUCGAAACCAGUCAUUUUCGUGCUCGACGAGUUCGAUCUGUUUUGCGGACAUCACAAUCAGACGUUGUUGUACAAUCUGUUUGACGUCGCUCAAUCUGCACAGGUGCCGAUAUGCGUACUAGGGAUAAGCUGUAGAUUAGACGUCAUGGAGCUGCUGGAGAAGAGAGUCAAGUCGAGAUUCUCGCAUCGCCAGAUAUUUUUGUUUCCCGGCGACACGUCAGCCUCGGAGCAACCCAUGUCCGCGUUCGACAGCCGUCUGGAGCUCUUUCGGGACCUCCUCAGCUUACCGGACGACGAGAAUGUAAAUAAAGUGGAGCAGCAGUACGACGAUUGUACGAUAGAUCCGCACUUUGGCUCUAUGUGGAACAACUAUAUCAAAAGUUUAAUCACCAAUGUUACGAUGGUGAAUUUACUCAAGAGGAUGUACCAUAUCGACGUGAGCGAGAGGAGCUUUAGAAAUUUUCUCGCGGUCGCUGUCUCAACGUUGUCGGAGAAGCAUCAGAAAUUGGAGGUGAACGAUUUCGUGGAAGCGAGUAAAAUCUUUUCGGAGGAUGACAAAUUGCUAAUACUCGAGGGACUGUCCAUUUUGGAAAUGUGUUUGAUAAUAGCAAUGAAACACGAGACGGAGAUUUACGACGGCGAGCCAUUGAAUUUCGAAGCGAUAUACAAUCGUUAUAUCAAGUUCGUAAAUCAGAAUUCCUCCAUACAGUCUGUCCAGAAACCAGUUAUCAUGAAAGCGUUUGAGCAUAUUAAGAACUUGGAGAUCUUGCUGCCAGUCGGAAGUACGAAUACGAAGUUCGAGAAAGAAUAUCAAUAUUACAAAUUCACGUUAACAUCGCAGCAAGUUAUUGAGGCUGUGAAAAACUAUUCAGGUCUUCCCACAGAAGUUUCUCAGUGGGCGUCAAGCAGUAUAUAAUAACGAUAUAACGAUAAGUAUUCGACCUAUUGUGUUCCAUAAAACUACAUAUUACGUGUAAUUAAUAAGUUUCAAUUCACAUAGCGAGACGUAUUUAUAGAAUCAAUUUAGAUAUAGGUAUUUAUAUCACUUUAAUAGAAGGAAUCAACUUGGAAUAGUGUAGGAAUCGUUAAUGUGCUAAUCUUUUAGAUACAUUUUUUUAUAUGUUGGAUAAUUGAGUUUAUCUCUCUCUUCAUAUUCCUAAUUAAUAAUCGCCGUAAAAACGAAGUACUAUACGAAGAAAAUUACGAAGACGCAACGUUUUAUCUACAUAUUAUGCCCUCCAAAAAAAAAAAAAAAACGUGUGAUACUCUAGUCUUACAUCUCUAGAAUAUUCCCAUUCAUACACGUGUGUCCAGUUAAAUUUUUUAAAUUUAGUUUAGAAAAUCUAGUAUCAGUCACUUAGAAUAGAAAAAAAAAA